AGAGCCAAGGCCCCUCCCUCCCAGUCCUUUCCUGCUUUGGUGUCUCUCCUGCAAGGGCUGCCUCGCUGUCCCCUCCUGGGAUCUGGUGAGUCUCCUCUCUCUCUGGGAUCUGGUGGGGGUCCCAGGGCUGCAGCAGGGGAGGGGGCCUGGGGGGCCUGAUCUGCUCCUGCAGGGGGGGGACCCCAAGUCAGGGAGGAGAGGGUCCUGCCAGGGAGGGGCCAGGUCUGCCACGCUCUCCUUCCUGCAGAUCAGAGGAUCCCAAACUCAUUUGGCCCUCCGCCCCCCCCUUUCAGAAAAAAUCUCCCUUCUUUAAACAAAGGAGUCCCUGGGACUUUAACUCUGUGUGACGUCGCUCAGCCUCAUUGCACAACAGAGGAAACAUGUGCAAAUGGUUUUCCAAAGCUGAAGGAGGAGGUGGACUAGCCCCCCCCCCCAAAAAAAAGGUGGGAGAGAAAGGCCAGGAAUAAAGAGAGGGAUCCCAGCCCAGAGUCUGGCUGCUGCAUUGCAGACCAGUUUCCCAGUGUCUCCCAGGGCAGCUCCCCACGGAGGCCACUGCAGCAAUCCCCUCGCACCCAGAGCAUGGCAUCCCAGGACCACAUCCUUUCUGUCCCAAAGGGAUUAUUGCUGGAAAACCACCUGGAAACGGGCGCUCCUACUCACCGAGCCUCCAGGGACCUUGGCAUCAGUGGCUGUGUGUGUGUUAAUAAUAAUAAUAAUAAGAAGAAUAUAAGAAUAAAAAUUACCCUCCUAAAUUUCAAGGGAGAUGUCUUUGGCCCUGCCCACUUGGCCCUCAGGGGGUUGGCCAGAUACAUACCUGGCCCUCAGAGCAAAGAAAAAGGGACCCCGCCCCAGAAGUCUAUUCUGAGAGUGGCAGAGAGUCCAAGUGCAAGAAAAGGAGACGGAAGCAGCGGAGUGGGUGUAGGUGUGGGGGGCAACUCCUGAGGACCCCCACUAGAGCCAAGCAUCCAUUUUUCACAAGAUAGAAACAACUCGUUUGUCAGUAGGUUCCAAUGUCAUGAAUUGACUGGAAGGAUGGAGAAACCAGGUUGAUUAAUCUCUCAGAAAUCCCUUCAGUUGCCUCCACAUUUUGCAUUGCUAGAAGGCUAGAGACUUAUUUCUUCUCCUCUUCCUCCUCCUUUUCAAAAAGAUAGCUCAUGGUCUGGGAUGUGGUGCAGUCAUGCUUGCUCAGGGAACCAUUCCCCCCCCCCCAUCCUACAAAUUCUGUAACAGAACAAUGUAUUUGCUUUGUAGGAUUUGCUAGAGCUUCUCAUUUAGAUGGGCAGAACUUGGCAGAAGACCAAAGGGUUCCUUCCGAUCUCUCAGAGGCUUCCUGAGAGCACAGAUGGAUGAGCAAGACUCGGCUGGCCCCGAAGCAGGAAGAGGCCAUGCCAGCCAAACUGGGAGCAGUGGGGGAUUCUGGGAAAACUCUGUGCAGAAGAUCCAUGGUGAGGUGGACACCCUCCGCUCAGAGGUGCAGAGCCAGCAGUUGAGGCAGUUCUGCUGCCAGGAGGCCAAAGGACCCCGAGAGGUUUGCAGCCGACUUUACCAGCUUGACCAUCAGUGGCUGAAACCAGAAAGGCACACGAAAGCUGAGAUGCUGGACCUGGUGAUCUUGGAGCAGUUCCUGGCUGUCCUUCCCCCGGAGAUGGAGAGCUGGGUGAGGGACUGUGGAGCGGAGACCAGUUCGCAGGCGGUGGCCCUGGCCGAAGGUUUCCUCCUGAGUCAGGCAGAGGAGAGGAAGCAGGCAGAGAGAAAGCAGGUGAGAGAGACUUUCCUCUGGAUACUCCCAAGGGGCUCCAAACAGGACAGAGAACAUCCCAUAAUGGUCUGCUGAUGGCCCAUUUUGUGGGAAAGCAUCCAUGGAAUGAGAUCUCGCACCCUUGAAGUCUUUGUUAUUCUCUUUCUAGUAUUUCUCACCAUUCUCUGUUUUGAAUCCUUGUUUCUUUCUCAGGGAAAGGAUCUCUUUGCAGAAAUGGACCUGGAUUCCUGUGAGGCAGAGAGGCCUCCGUUGGACACCAGAGAGAGGCCACUGGGUAAGGAGGAAGGUGGUUUUUCUCUGUCUGGUCUCAUUCCGUUGGUUUUCCAACUCAUCUGAGGGUUCUUUUCAUCUUGUUUUGGUGGAGACAGUUGGGAACAAGGGUCCAGAAGAGGGGAGAUGUAUUUUUUCACAACAAACAUAUGAAAUGGGCACAAACGUCCAAAUACUCUCAGUAGGUAAGUCCUUCUCAAAGGCCCAUCUGUAGUUAGAGAUGCCCUGUUUCACCUGUGAGAGAAGCAGGCACUCUGUUUACGUCCUGUUUACGUUUUUUCUCUUGCAGGUGACGGAAUGAUGCCGGCAAGACCUCCUGAUCCGCCUUUUCAUGGGGGCAGAAGGGAAGCAGCGGCUGUGGAACCAGAUCAGGUCAGGGGAAGCUGCCUUGUGGCGACAGAGACCGAGGGAUGGAGCAAUGUCAUGGACUGGUUGGGCACAGAGAAGUGGUGGGAGGAAGCAGCUGGGGAACCAGGAAGGGAAGAUGGCUGAGAGCCCAAGAAGUGGAGGUGGAAGAAGGAUGGGCGGUCAGAGGGGAAAGAGAGAGAAGCCUGGGAAGAGGAGGUGUCAGAAGCUGAAGGGGUUACAGGGCUUAGUGAGCUGAGAGACUCUGUGGCAGAAUGCAGUGCAGAAUCAAAGGCAGAAGAGGAAGGAGGCGAGUGGGAGAGGAAGGUUGAGAGGCUGAGGUGAGUCAGGAGAAGGAAGAGCCACCGGUGGCUCCCUCUCCUUUUGCCAGAUGCCACCCUCCCUACUUGUCUCUCAGACCCAGGAGACCCCCUGCAGUGCAGGAAUCUCUGCUAGAUCAUCCAAGACAGAUGCCCAUCCAAAAGAGGCUUAUUUUAUUUCUAGAUUGAUAACUGAAUGCAAAAAUAGGUAUCUUAAGCAGAGUACAAAUGAGAACAAAUAGCGGCCUGGAUUCACCUAACCAGCCCCAUCGGCUGCAAAAUGGGGCCUGCCUCCAAUUCCUCCUUCCUUCAUGCCCCCAUGAACCCCUGGAAUCUGGCUCUAGUUCUUAGGAGGGAACAGCUCAGGAGGAGAGGAGAAAGUGGAUCCUUCCAUUGGGGAAACUGGAAUGCUUGCCUAGGCAGAAUGACUUGAAUAAGACAAGGUGGAGUACAACCUAUUUGCACAAAAACGAAUACCCAUAAUUUAAACUUAGAAUAAAAUAAGCAUCCAUAAAUAAAAUGUGCAGCAAAGCAAUCCUGUUGAAACAACUCCCUGCGUGAGUGCCUGAGGGCCCCGCUCCUGCCACUCACCACCUGGCCCAGGGCGGGGCCUGAAGCCUCAUAAGGACAGUUGUUGCUGCUGCUGCUCCUGCUGGCCAGGAGGACUCGGAGCGGCGCAAUGUUCUUUUUAAAAUGUUUUUUAAAAUUUUCUUUUUUCCCUUUUGAUUACUUUUUUUGUGGGGGGUGGGAUGGAUGUUUGGUUGGGUUCGGGAAUUUGUUUGAUUUUAAUGUGUUUGUAAUUUUUACAGUUUUUUGUUUGUAUUGUUUUAUUGUGGGUUCUUUCUUUUUUUUAAGGGUUUUAUUUUGUUCUUAAGGGGGGUGGUCAGGGCUGCCGGCGAGUGGGCCCCAGCCCACAAAAUAGCUGGGGCAUGUUCCAUGGGGGGGAUGCACUGGGACAACCGAUCUCAGUGAUCACGGGUAGGAGGAGGAGGUACGCUAAGACCAGACCAUGUCAUUACAGAGGAGGCAGGUUUAGUCGUUGUUGGAGGACUAUCCCUGCCUCCAGGUCUGGUCCUGACUGGACGGAUACUAGAAUCAGCAAGGGAUACCCACAUGACCUGAAGGUGCUGCUGUGCAAUGCCAGGUCAAUGAUUCAUAAAACCACUGCCAUCCAUGACUUGAUCAUGGAUGGCGGACUUGACCUGGCAUGUGUAACAGAGACUUGGUUGGAUGAAGCAGAUGGGCCUGUCCUUGCUGCUGCUUGUCCACCAGGUUUCUCUUAUGCACAGCAACCCAGGCCUUGUGGGCGGGGAGGGGGGGUUGCAGUGCCAUGGUCGGAUCACUUCCUGGUGCAACUGGACUUCUCCGCGACCCUUCCCCUCUGCAUGGAGGUGGGACCGAUUCAGAUGGUCCGCCUCCGCCACUUAAUGGCUCCAAAUGGUUUCCAGAGAAUGGUAGGGGAUGCUUUAUCCCAUGUUGAUGGCCUUUCAGCUGAUUCCCUGGUGACCCGCUGGAAUGUGGAGUUAACCAGGGCUAUUGACUGUUUGGCUCCGAAGCGCCCUCUUCGAUUGCAUGGAGCCUGGACAUACCUGUGGUUUUCCACGGAUCUGAGGGCAAUGAAACAAUCGCUGAGACGGCUAGAGCGCUGGUGACGGAUAACUCAUUCUGAAGCUGACCGGACACGGGUUAGAGCUCAAUGUCGAGCCUACCAAGUGGCGGUAGCGACGGCAAAGAAGACUUUCUUCGCCGCCUCUAUUGCAAUAUGGCUAAUAUUGCUAACUAUCGCCCAGUCUCAAAUCUUCCAUUCUUGGGCAAGGUGAUUGAGCAAGUGGUUGCUGAACAACUCCAGGCACGCCUGGAAGAAGUGCACCAUUUGGAUCCCUUCCAGUCGGGAUUCAGGCCUCAUCAUGGGACUGAAACUGCCUUGGUCGCACUGGUUCGAUGAUCUCCGGUGGGCUAGGGACAAAGGUGAGAGCUGUUUCCUAGUUCUGCUGGAUCUCUCAGCGGCGUUUGAUACCAUCGACCAUAACAUCCUUCUGGACCGUCUUGAGGGGCUGGGAGCUGGGGGCACUGUCAUACAGUGGUUCCGCUCCUUCCUCCUGGGCUGUGUCCAAAAAGUGGUGGUGGGGGAUGAGUGUUCAGACCCCUGGGCUCCCACUUGUGGGGUGCCUCAGGGUUCCGUCCUCUCCCCCAUGCUUUUCAACAUCUACAUGCAGCGGCUGGGAGAGAUCAUCAGGGGGUUUGGGCUGGGUGUUCAUCAGUAUGCAGAUGAUACCCAGCUCUACCUCUUUCAAAUCGGAACCAGUGAAGGCGGUGAAAUUUCUGUGUGAGUGUCUAGAGGCGGUUGGAGGAUGGAUGGCGGCUAACAGAUUGAGGUUGAAUCCUGACAAGACAGAAGUACUAUUUUGGGGGGACAGGAGGCGUGGUGUGGGGGACUCCCUGGUCCUGAAUGGGGUAACUGUGCCCCUGAAGGACCAAGUGCGCAGCCUGGGAGUCAUUCUGGACUCACAGCUGUCCAUGGAGGCGCAGGUCAAUUGUGUGUCCAGGGCAGCUGUUUAUCAGCUCCAUCUGGUAUGCAGGCUGAGACCCUCCCUGCCCGCAGACUGUCUCUCCAGAGUGGUGCAUGCUCUGGUUAUCUCUCGCUUGGACUACUGCAAUGCGCUCUAUGUGGGGCUACCUUUGAAGGUGACCCGGAAACUACAACUAAUCAAAAAUGCGGCAGCUAGACUGGUGACUGGGAGCGGCCGCCGAGACCAUAUAACACCGGUCUUGAAAGACCUACACUGGCUCCCAGAACGUUUCUGAGCACAAUUCAAAGUGUUUCUGCUGACCUUGAAAGCCCUAAACGGCCUCGGUCCAGUAUACCUGAAGGAGCGUCUCCACCUCCAUCGUUCUUCCCAGACACUGAGAUCCAGUGCUGAGGGCCUUCUGGCGGUUCCCUCGCUGUGAGAAGCCAAGUUACAGGGAACCAGGCAGAGGGCCUUCUCAGUAGUGGCACCCGCCCUGUGGAACGCCCUCCCACCAGAUGUCAAAGAGAAAAAUAACUACCAAACUUUUAGAAGACAUCUAAAGGCAGCCCUGUUUAGGGACACUUUUAAUGUUUAAGAGAUUAUUGUAUUUUAGAGUUUUUUGGAAGCCGCCCAGAGUGGCUGGGGAAACCCAACCAGAUGGCGGGGUAUAAAUUAUAAAUUUAUCAUUAUUAUUAUUAUUAUUAACAGGAAGGAAACAACAGAGCAUUGUGUAGCAGAUCAUAUUUCUGCUGUCUCAGAGGAGGACAUUUCUCUUUUUCUUUUAGGGUCCAGUGUGCUUUGAAGAUGUCACUGUUUGUUUCACGGACGAGGAGUGGGCGUUGCUGGAUCCUGACCAGAGAGCUCUGCAUAAGAACGUCAUGGAGGAGAAUCGUGGGAUAUUGGCCUCUCUUGGUAAGGCUCUCUGUGGGAUCGUCAUAUCUGCCUGGAAAUUUAAAAAAUACCUCUAUGUGACCAACCUCAUAUAUUUUCACAGAAUUCAACAGCGCCCCCUAUAACACCUGGGAACCUAACACCCCCACAAUAAACAGUAACUUACAGUUUUUUCUUUGAACAAUCUUCCUCAAAUUAUUCCUUUUUCUACCACGAUUGGGCUGGUGUGAACUUCCCAGGCCAUCUUCAGUGUCAGCUUCAACCUUCCACAAUUUUGACCACUACUAUAUAUCAGACAAAACAACACUCAACAAGUCUUCAGAAUCUAAUAAUAAAUAUGUUGGUAAAAUGACAAACAACACAGGUAGUGAACAGACACCCAACUCGUUUCAUUUCUUCUCCAUUUCUUCCUGAGGCUCUAAUCCCUUUUUGUCUCCAUUGCAGAUUCUGAUGAAUUGGAAAUUGAGAACAAAGGUGACCACGAUAAAAUCCCCAGGGAGGAGAAGCCACGUAAAAAUUUGGAGUGUGGAGAAAGCUGCAGUCAGAGCUCCCAUUCCACUUCCCAUCAACAAAAUCUCAUUGGAAAGAAACUCUAUCAGUGCAUGGAAUGUGGAAAAAGCUUCAGGAAGAGCUCCCAUCUCACUUCCCAUCAAAGAAUUCAUACAGGGGAAAAACCCUAUCAGUGUGUGGAAUGUGGAAAGAGCUUCACUCACAGCCACAGUCUCACUUUCCAUCAAACAAUUCAUACAGGGAGAAACCCUAUCAGUGCGCGGAAUGUGGAAAGAACUUCAGGAAGAGUUCCAAUCUCACUAAGCAUCAGAGAAUCCAUACAGGGGAGAAACCGUAUCAGUGUUUGGAAUGUGGAAAGAGCUUCAGUCAGAGCUCCAAUCUCAUUUCCCAUCAAAGAAUUCAUACAGGGGAAAAACCCUAUCAGUGUGUGGAAUGUGGAAAGAGCUUCACUCACAGCCACAGUCUCACUUUCCAUCAAACAAUUCAUACAGGGGAGAAACCCUAUCAGUGCGCGGAAUGUGGAAAGAACUUCAGGAAGAGUUCCAAUCUCACUUCCCAUCAGAGAAUCCAUACAGGGGAGAAACCGUAUCAGUGUUUGGAAUGUGGAAAGAGCUUCAGUCAGAGCUCUGAUCUCACUUCCCAUCAAAGAAUUCAUACAGGGGAGAAACCCUAUCAGUGUGUGGAAUGUGGAAAGUGCUUCACAGAUAGUUCCUCUCUCAUUUCCCAUAAAAGAAUUCAUGCAGGGGAGAAACCCUAUCAGUGUGUGGAAUGUGGAAAGAGCUUCAGUCAGAGCUCCUCUCUCACUUUCCAUCAAAGAAUUCAUACAGGGGAGAAACCCUAUCAGUGUGUGGAAUGUGGAAAGAGCUUCAGUCAGAGCUCCUCUCUCACUUUCCAUCAAAGAAUUCAUACAGGGGAGAAACCCUAUCAGUGCGCGGAAUGUGGAAAGAACUUCAGGAAUAGUUCCAAUCUCACUAAGCAUCAGAGAAUUCAUACAGGGGAAAAACCCUAUCAGUGUGUGGAAUGUGGAAAGACCUUCACAUGUAGCUCCUCUCUCACUUCCCAUCAAAGAAUUCAUACAGGGGAGAAACCCUAUCAGUGUGUGGAAUGUGGAAAGAGCUUCAAUCAGAGCUCCAAUCUCACUUCCCAUCAAAAAAUUCAUACAGGGGAGAAACCCUAUCAGUGUGUGGAAUGUGGAAAGAACUUCAGGAUGAGCUCCUCCCUUACUUCCCAUCAAAGAAUUCAUACAGGGGGAAAACCCUAUCAGUGCAUGGAAUGUGGAAAGAGCUUCACUGAUGGCUCCUCUCUCACUUCCCAUCACAGAAUUCAUACAGGGGAGAAACCCUAUCAGUGUGUGGAAUGUGGAAAGACCUUCACAUGUAGCUCCUCUCUCACUUCCCAUCACACAAUUCAUACAGGGGAGAAACCCUAUCAGUGCGUUGAAUGUGGAAAGAGCUUCAGGAAGAGCUCCAAUCUCACUUCCCAUCAAAGAAUCCAUACAGGGGAGAAACCGUAUCAGUGUUUGGAAUGUGAAAAGAGCUUCAGUCAGAGUGCCAAUCUUACUUCCCAUCAAAGAAUCCAUACAAUGGCCGGAAAAACCAUUAUACAGCUUUAGGAACCAGGCAGGUGCACCUUUUUAACCAGGCUUUUGGCUGAUUGACAUCUAAUGCCCUUUUAAUAUGUCGUGUUUUUUUUGUUUCUUGUUUUUUUAUGUUGUAACCAUCCUGAGACCUCUGGGUGUAGGGAAUAGGUGCCAACUCUUAAAGGCCUAGGGGUCUUUGCCCCACCCCCAAUAAAAUAUUUAAGGAUGCCACCCCCCAGUUUUUGGUGUGUUUUUUUCAAACACAACCUUUUAUUCUUCUGCAACUUGCCAUACAAUUUCUCUUUCAAUUUGCCCUCUUAAAAAAAUAAAAAAAAUAAACACAGAAAGGUCAUGAGAAGAACAAAAUACAAGAAGAUACAAACGUGGACAGGUCCCAUCUUUGUGGGCAAAAUGGAAAAGUUGCUUUGAAACAGGCUUUCCCAAACUUGGGUCCCCAGCAGCUCCCGGACUACAGUUUCCAUCAUCCCUCCCCAUUGGUUCUAGCGAGGGAUGAUGGGAGUUGUAGUCCAAAACCAGCUGGACACCCAAGUUUGCUUUAAAGGGAAAGUAGGCUGGCCUUGUGACACCCUCUGCUGGCCAAAAGCACUGCCCCAGAAUCUGAACCACCCCCAGUACUGCUAAUUGGAAUUUAUAGAGCACAAAACUGAAGUUUGAUCGGCACUUCAACCUCUAGGGAGGUUCUAGGUGCUUUCUGCACCACCUAGAGUACCCACAGAAUUGUGGCUUCUACUGGCAACACACACAGGAGAACAAAUGAAAGACAAACACAAGGGGCAGGGAAAAAUCUGGAAAGGGCCAUACCAAAUGGAAAUCCGUUGUGAAGAGGUCACUUUCCCCACUGCUGAACAAUGCCACAGGUAGAGGAGAUGGAAUGCUAGAAGUGUUCUGCGGGGCAAGGGGAGCUGCUGGGAAAUUGAACUACGGGCUCAAAAUAUUACUUUUUUAAAAAGUUGCUGCCAUUAUAGGCAUUGCCAUUCAAAUGGUGUGCAUGCAUCAUGUGAUUGAUAGUGCAAGGCGGGACUUACCUGACCCUCCACCAAUAUUUUAUUCAAGUUGGCACCACUGGGUCGGGUGGUUUCCAAAUUAAAUGAAUACAUAAAUCGCCUUCCUUUGCACAUGUCAAUAUCCUCAUUUAUUCUUUUUUAAAUUUAUUUGCCCUUCAUCUGAAGAUUUUACAACAUGCAGGAUGAAAGCAUGGCUUUCUCACAAACAAGUCAAGCCAGAGAAAUCUCUCCUUUUCUUCUUUUCUUUUUUCGGAUGGAGUUACAAACUUUGUUGAUCAGGGAACUGCUGUGGAAAUAGUGCACCUCGAUUUCAGUAAGGCUUUUGACAGAGUCCUCUGUGAGAUUUAUGUGAGGAAGCUGGUAAAAUGUGGGCUGAAUGAGAUAUAUGUCUUAGGACAUCAAACUGGGAAAGUGGAUUUUAAACUGACUGAAAAGGUUUUAUGCCCUUGGGAAUUUGGUCUCUUAAAUCUACCCCUUCGCCUUCCAUUUCCGUGCGCUGCUCUGGUUCGCCAGAAGCAGCUUAGUCAUGCUGGCAACAUGACCAGGGAGCUGUACGCCGGCUCCCUCGGCCAAUAAAGCGAGAUGAGUGCCGCAACCCCAGAGUCGUCCAGGACUGGACCUAAUGGUCAGGGGUCCCUUUACCUUUACCUAUGCAUUAUAGCAGGGACGUCCAACUUCCAAGAUGCUGAGAUCUACUCCCAGUAAUAAAAAACCUGCCAGUCAUCUACCCAUUGUCUUUGGCCAGAGUUGUUGAGCUUUUCUCAGGGAGCAUUGACCAGAGUUGUGGAUCGACCAGUAGAUCGCGAUUGACCUGUUGCACAUGCCUCCAUUCUAGGAAUUUGCAAAACAGCAUCUUGUUAUUACAUGAAAUACAUUCAACAAACACAAGACGUAACCGGCUGUUCAUUCACAUAAACAAUACUCUUCUAUAUAUUCUUAUCACAACAUCAAAUGUUUAUCUUGCACAUAAACAACACAUAAAGUGCAAUAAUAUAGACGGAAGUCCCAAUAAAUCAGUUCAUUCAUAAAGACCAAGUGUCUGCUAGUUUCUGUUCCACAUAUGUUCAUAAAGUCCAAAUUGGAGCCUACUACAGUUCCAUAGUAUAGCCAUGUUGCACAUGCCUCCAUUGUAGGAACCGCAUUCCUGACGCAGAUUUUCACAGGAAGUCCCUCAGAUGAUUCCCUGUUCAAACAGGAUACGUGAACGUAAGCCAGGAGGGUCCUUCUCUCCGGCAGACGGACAACCCCUUCCCCAAAGCCCCUCCCUCCCCCACCUCCCCAUGGGGGUCCCUCCCCAGAACGGCCUCUGCUGUCCAGUGCUUGGACACCUGAAGGGCGUGGAGGCCUCUCAGGGCAGCUGCCUGGCAGCUCUGCAUCACCUGGAGCAAGAGAUCUUGCUCCGGCUCCAGCAAAAGUCAGGCUGCCAGUUCCUCACAAGUGAGAGUCCUGGCAGCGGGGAGCAGGUCUGAGGGAUCCUCUCCCUACUCUUGUUUCCUCCAAUACUCACCAUUGCUGGAUGAAGAAAGCCUGUGGCACAUCUUCAAGAAGAGAAAAACAAGUAAUAAAUGAAAUAAGAAGCGAAAUAAGAAACUGAGACAAUAAGAAUCCACUGACUGCCUCGCCUUGUCCUCCGUCAACUGCCACCAACUGCUCUCUCCUCCACUCGCCUCACUACUAACCCAAAAUGGUCGCCUGCAAGUCUGUGGCUCCCCCCCCAUCCUUGUCACCAUGACAACCCCCCACCUGGCUCCACCUAUUGGAAGAUGAUCUAUAAUGAAAUGAAAAAAAUGUUUAAGAUAACCUUUGUUAAAAGACCAGAAGCGUUUUUACUAGCUCAAAGAUGGAAAGGCGAGGAAAUACCAGCAAAAGAACACUGGCAAGAAAAGUUGGUGGAAUACGCUGAAAUGGCGAAGCUGAGAGACUUAAAGAUAAGGACAAUACUGACUUUUUAAAAGAUUGGGAACCUUUUAAGAUGUAUAUAGAGAAACAAUGCAUAGAAAUGAACUCACUGGCAGGAUUUGAGUAAUACAAUUACAGUGGACAAAUACAAACAGAAAAUUCAAUUAUGAGGUAAAAAUGAGAAGGAAGAGACAAAUGUUAUUGUUGAAUGGUUUCUUUAAAUGUAAAGGUUCAUCACUGUUCCACCCGAUGUGUAUGUCUUUAAGGGGCCAAAGCAAGGGCCAGAGUAAGAUAACGAGACCCAGCUUUACAGCUGUGAAACAUAGCAGGUGCUGCCGAGUUGUACUGAUUAAGCUGUGUUGGCAAUUGGGUG